CGGACGAAGCUGAAAAUUCGCUGUCGCGACGAAUAUUUUGUUGAUAUCUCGGUCGAGGGAAAAUUGUGCGAAUCAAUUAGGCGUCGAAAUUCCGCUCAAUUUCUGACGAAAAUGUGUGUUUCCUGCUGCGGAAAGUGAGUGCUUAUGAUAAUUGGUGUGCAAUCGACGAUUAAUCAGCCAGGAAGCGGAUAAAUUUGAUCAACAAAUUACGGAUUCUGCAUCGGCGCUUGUAAGAACCAGGUAGCAACAAAGUUGAACUGAACUUUCGAGGCAUAUUUUCCUAUGCAAUGCAUGCAUUGCGGUGCAAUGAUACAACGACAGCCGGAGGUGGAACAACAACUGGCGCUGUCUUGGCCGGCAGCGGGACAAGUUCUGGCGGAGGCAUUGCUGGUGGAGGGGGAACGAGUUUGGGAAGCACGUCAAUCCUCCAGCUACCUUCUCUACCCCAACAACAAGCAUCGCCCCAGCAGCAACAGGCUUCACCAAUGCCCAAAGGAUGUCCAGUGCGGAUAAAUGGUAUAAAAGGAUACCAGAAUCGAACGAAUCAUAUCAUCUAUUGUCCACCACUACUGCGAUCCAAAGACGACUGUUCGGCGGUGGUAUACUUCGGUGGAGAUGUACAGGAUAUCCCAGAGAAGAUGGAAACCAAUAGAGACAAUAAAAAUUACAUCAAAUGGAACUUGGAGAAUACGGCCUUGCUUCUGAGGGAUUCGUUCCCCAGGGCCCACAUCGUUGUUGUACGUCCAAUGCGUAUGGAGUAUAGCACGUUCAGUUGCUUCGACAAUUUCGUACGGGGUAACAAUGCCGGAAUUCCGGAUCACACGCCGAUGCACUUCUCGUUGCAGCAUUUAGAAGAGUUACUAAUCAACUUGACGAAAAAGUUAACGAAACCCGUGCUAGAGCCAGAUCUUCUACACAAGUUGAUAGCUGCAACAAAUUCCUCACUAUGUGGAACAGGCUUGGACGGAAGUCAGGAUAUGGAAGUAGAUGUUAUUCAAUCGGAUAUUCAGAACAGCACAGCUAACUCAGCUUCAUCGUCGGUAGCGGGUACUACGGACAACAAUGCGGACAUCAACGAUUUAUUAUGGUGGCGGGAGAGCCUCAAUCUGGACAAAGCUAACCUUGCCUUAAUGGGUUUCAGCAAAGGUUGUGUCGUUCUCAAUCAAUUCAUCUACGAGUUUCAUUACUAUAAGACCCUCACUCCCGAUGACAGCACAAUGAUGCGAUUGGUGUCUCGGAUAAAGGACAUGUACUGGCUUGAUGGCGGUCAUGGCGGAGGCAAGAACACUUGGAUCACCUCGCGAAGUCUCCUGGAGACCCUUUGUCGGUUAGGGAUCAACGUCCACGUGCACGUUACGCCAUAUCAGAUCCAAGACGACCAUCGGCCGUGGAUUCGCAAAGAGGAGAAGGCUUUCACGGAUUUGCUCAAACGCUUGGGUGCUUGCUUCGAUCGUCACCUGUAUCCAAGUGAAGCCAAUUCCACCAACCUGUUUACUCACUUCGAAGUACUGAAUCGCUUCCGGCAGUACCAGAUCAACGUCUUCGCACAACAGCACCUGCAACAACAGCAGUUAACCGCCACAAACUUGUCUACCGCAAUAGAAGAUAAUGCCCAACUCCAAAAGCAGCAGCAACACCAACACUUGCAACAAUCGGAUAUGCACCCAACGGAGGCCGAGGAAACGGAUGCCAGUGGUGUUGAGCACAUGAUUACCGGGCCCGAAACGGAUAUGGAGGACGACAAAUUGGGGAGUGCCGCCGUCGAAGAUGACGACGAUGAGGAAAGCGGUACUAAGUAAUCACAAAUUCAGCCAGCGAAUUUACCCACAUUAAGCGACGAAAAACACUCGCAAGUCCAGUGAUGAAUGCUUUAUGAAGAGAAUCGUCUUUUUGGUGCAAGAUAUCGAUAAUCUUAAGUCGAAAAUUUAUACCAAACAGAAUUCUCCUAUGCAUUCGGUGCAAUAAAACCAACCACUAAUUGAGUCCUACAUUUUUCCACACAUUCUGUCUAACAGAAUCGUUUCUCAUUUAGUUAUUUAUGCGGAAGGUGCCGCCAUCGUGGCGUAGCACCGUGAUUGCGUCUUGUAUGUAUGUAGGUGGAAAUAGUACAGUUUUAGCCUAUAUCGGUGAAACCAAUCAUGCCAUUACAUUUUGCAUAACAUUUACUGCGUGUUAAAAAAUAGGAGAAAGCACAGAUUCAUUAUAUUUCCUCGAUAGUAGACUAUUAUUUUUUUUACAAACAUUAUUAUUUUUGAAACUAUUGUUUAGUGAGCAAAGGUACGAAAAAAUAUAAUAUAUUUUAUAUAAUUUUCUUUUGACCGUGUAAUAAAUAAGUUUAGCUGGCUAGGAUAGGGAAGGCGAAUGUAUCCAUUUUUUGGAUACCACGGUUCACAGGGGACGUCAUACUACUAUUAAUACUAUUAUUUCGGAUUAGGUUAAGCGAUAAUAACAAAAUCGACACAAAAGUAUUCAAUUUGGAUUGAUAUUUAGAAAUUGAUGGCCACAAAGCUGUAUUUUGCAGCACAAUGAACGAUUUCCAUGCACUAAAUAAUAGCUGCUUUUUCGGCAAUCAGUCAUCAAGGAAAUUUUACUCGACGGCAGAGAUCAUAGAUUUUUAACUGUGGAAAUAAAACAAUCAAAAAAUGUUUUGCUGUUCUGGAUGAAUGAUAAAAAUUAGUGUUUGCUAUAUAUUGAAUUAAUGAAUGUAAAUUUGGAGCUAAAAUGAGAGACUUUCACGUUUGAUUCAA